UCAUUCCCUGCUGAUUUUAAAGCUUCAAGGAGCUCCAUGUGAGUGCUGGGUUCCCCCACUAAGUUCAAAGCACAAGGACAGCAUGAGAACCAAGAGGAGUUUAGGAGGAGUGCGGAUUAGUCCAGAAGUAGGUACCUGAAUUUUCCACAGGCACGUGAUGUGAACAUAGUAGUGAACACACAGUCCAUGGUUUUAAUAAGAACUUCCUUAAUUGAUGUGAUGUAUGUAAAAAUUAAGAUAGGACUCAUGACUGAGAGAACUUAGGAGAAUGACUUAAAGUUUAACAGAUGUUUGAACUACUUUUAGAUAUCUAAAAUGAAAUAGGAGAUAGUAUGAAAGUAUUUCUUCCUUUUAGAAGCUGGAAACUGGGGCAGGUGCUGCAGUCUUUUGGAAAUUAGCAUCAUGGAUGGGAUGGGAAUUGUUUUUGUAGCAGCUAUUUAAAGGGAUACAGGGAGGAUAGCACAGCCAAAUAAAAGGUUUUCAGUGCUUACAAGCAAGGUAACGGUCUGAAGAAGAAUGUUAGCAAUGUAUGUAAGUAGUUAAGUUAGUGUUGUAUGUCAAGAGAAAAAAAAAUAUAUGAAAAUGCAAUUUCUUACCAGUCUUUUCCCUUAACCUGUAGAAUUGGAGCAUAGAAGUUUUUGUGAUUCAUUACCAAUAGGAGAUAUGAUAAAAUGCCAGUUUGCUUUAAAUCCAUGGGCUCUGGGAUCAUUUGUUGCUGAUGGUGAACUUUUAUACAGUUCAAGAAACUCACAUUUUAAAAAGAAUAUUUGUCUGUAUUUCUUAUCUGGCAAGACUUUUCCCCUCUUUUCUAAUAAAUUAUCUUUGUAUCUUUAUUGUGAACAAAUGCGUCUUGUGUUGGAUGUUGAGGAAUUACUUUGUGGUUCCCAGGAUUUCCUCUACCAUCUUCAAGCUGCUGAGUAAGAUCCUAUGCUUCCUGCCUCUCAAAUCCAAAUUGUUUUCUCCAGUUAUACUCUUCAAUAUUCAAAAGUGUUCUCUUUAAGAACAAGUGUUUUACUGAGUGGCAAGGGACUUGCUAUCUACUAACAGCGUACAGACAAGAUACUGAAUUGUUAAUUAUUUCUAUUUUGGCUGAAACCGCAUUGUUUUAUUUGCAGUUCUGUUUCCUCCACCUUUUUCCAUAUGAAGAGCCCCAAAUCUCUUUUGCUGUAGUUUGCUUUAUCGAAAGAUUGUAACCUGUUUUCUUUGUUCAGUCCUUAUGUAUUAUAUGUAUUAUAAAUACAUCAUGGUUCUGUUUAUCAGCUGUGUAAGAAAGUAGAACAAAUUCUGUUAAAGGACAUUUCAAAUAUUGUAUGUUGGAAUUUGCUGACUGAAGGAAAUUGCCAGGUCCAGAGUACAAAUGGCUGAGAGAAAGGGAAGAGUAGUUCUCUGCACAGGUCAUGAAUUAAGCUGUCACUCAGUAGGUUAGAUGUUAACAUAAUGCCUUAUUGCCUUGCUCAGCAGCGAAGCAGUUUGUUUCUAACGCAAGUUUUAAUAGCUGAUGUGCUGUUUUGUUACACUUAUUCACAUGGGUGCUCAGAAUAAUUCACACGUUCUUCACAGUUUUGUAGUCUUAUGUUUAAUUUGCUGCCACAGAUAUGGGAUUGGAGUGAAAGCUGGGACAGACUCGUGCUGUAGCAGCACGCUGGAUGAUCACGGACAGUUUCACAUCCUAAGAAAAAAAUAAAAAAGCUUCCAGCUGUAUUGGUGAGCAUGCCCUUAAAAUGAAUUCAUGGAGGGGGGGGUUCCUAAUUCUAGUGUGAUGACCCCGGGCUGCGGUGUCUCUCAGCAUCCAUCCUCACCCUCAUUUGCGGGCAGUACCCUUCCGCCGCCGGGUCCCCUCCUCGCAGGGGGCGGGCGGGGAGCACCGCCGGCUUUGGGGAAGGCUCCGCCUGCAGGGGGCGGCGGGCGGCGCUAGCGAGCGGCGAGCUGGCUGGCAGCGCGAGGCUCUGGGGCUUCUGAGCCGCGCUCUCUGCGAAGGUUGACGGGCGUGAGGAAACGGAGCCUUGGCGUCCUCCUGUUGCUGCUCGCCGCCGUGGCCACCCCCACCCCUCGGGAUGGGGAGCCGCGGAGCUGCGAGGCUGUCAGGAAAGUUUUCCAGCUGCGUCAGCUCGGCUCCCUCAAGAGCGUCCCGAAGUUCCCGCGGGCAGGUGUUGAUCUCCAUGUUUGUACUUCUAAAACCUGUACCAAAAAGGUGGAGGAAAGAUAUCAGACUGCAGCAAAGCAAGAUAUAGAGCAACUGCUUCAAGCAUCUAGUGCUAUGUUAAAAUUUUUAAUAUCUCAUAAUGCAGCAGCUUUUCAGGAAACCUUUGAAAUGCUCAUCAAACUCUCUGAGAAUUACACAAGCACACUUUUCUGCAAUGCAUAUAGAAGCAUGGCUGCUGAGGCUGCUACACGUGUUCAGGAGUUUUUCACAGAUGCUGCACUCUUUGUAUUUGGCACAGACAUCAGACAGGAAUUUGUCAACAGAUUUUUUGACACCCUGUUCCCAGUGGUCUACAAUCACGUGAUUAACCCUGGUCUGACUGAUGUUACACUGGAAUAUGCACACUGCCUCCAAAUGGCACGAAGAGAUAUCAGGCCCUUUGAUAACAUUCCCAAUAAAGUCAUAGGAUGAAUGGGAAGAUCACUGUUACCCAGCCAGCAUUUCCUGCAGGCUCAAAUCAAUACAGCAGGCCAUCUGCAUUUCUCUAAAGACUGCAGCAGAGCGUUACUGAGAAUGCAGUACUGUCCCCAUUGCCAAGGUCUUAUUUUGGGUAAGCCUUGUAUGGGCUACUGCCUCAAUGUCAUACGAGGCUGCUUAGCCUACAUGGCAGAAGUUGACCUUCAUUGGCAGGUAUAUAUUCAGUCCUUGGAAGCUAUGCAUGGAACAUAUGACGUUGAGCAUGUGCUUCUAAACUUUUACUCAUUUGUUAAUGAUGCUCUCAUGCAAGCUCGUGUCAAUGGACCAGAAUUAACUGAGCAGGUGAACAAGGUAUGUGGCCCACCUGUAAGGAAGCCUACACAGUCUCCACAUUGCUCUUUCGAUCAGAACAAAUAUAACCAGGAGCUGAAAAUGUUCUCAAAAGACAGUGAGGAAACCCUUGCCAGCAGAAGAAAAGAAUUUAUCAGCCACCUUUGCCUCUACAGAGCCUUUUAUGGUGGCCUGGCUGAUCAGCUGUGUGGUAAUGAGUUGGCAGCUGCUGAUGGUCUGCCAUGUUGGAAUGGAGAAGAUGUUGUAAAAAGCUACACUCAUCGUGUGGUUGGCAGUGGAAUCAAAGAUCAGUCUGGGAAUCCAGAAGUAAGAGUGAAAGGAAAAGAUCUAAUAAAUCAGAUUAUUGACAAGCUGAAACAUGUACUAACUUUGUUGCCGGGCAAAUCAUUUCCUAAAUAUGAUAACUGGGAUCUACGGCAAACAGGCAGUGGUGGAAGUGUGGAAGAACAAAUCAGUGGAGAUUGUGAUGAUGAAGAUAGUUGCGGAGGAUCAGGAAGUGAAGUAAAAAGAGUCCUGAAAAUUACAGAAUGGAUGCCAGACAAGAUGAACCUCAGUGACGUAAAGCAAAUCCAUCAAACCAUCAAUGCCAACACUUUAUAUACAACUGGAGCAGACUGUACAACAAUAAUGGAUUAUAUGACAUUUACACUGAUUAGUUUGAAAACGCUAUUUCUCAUUCUCUGGUAAUUGUUUUCCUCUAUCUUGUAAUGUGUGUCUUACUGCCAUUUGUU